AUGAAAACAUUUACAUGUUACGGUGUUAGAUAUGUUAAUAGGACAUAUAUGAUAACCAAUAGUUCAAAAGUUCAUAGAUUUCUAUCGACAAAACUUUUAUCCUCUACAAGCCAUCGACUAAAGUCAACAGAUCCAAACCUAGCUAAUUCAGGUAAUGCUACGACAUCAAUAACUCCUACUGGUCUCUUCACAUAUGCGGAACUAUCUAAUAAAUCAUACAUUAAGAUCCGUGGUCCAGAUGCACCAAAGUUUUUAAAUGGAACAAUCACAUCAAAACUACUACCACAUUUCAUUAAAAAGAAUUUAACCACAAUUGAAACUAAAACCGAUGAUGGUAAUGAUUCAAAUAUACCGAAGGAAAUCCCUGAAUUCGAUAUGACGCAAGGUAACUGGGGGUUAUAUCAGGACUCUGGGUUUAAUGGACCCUAUGUGACACGAUUUGGUCAAUAUACGGGUCUUUUAAAUGGGAAAGGUAAAUUAAUUACUGAUUUAAUAGUAUAUCCUACGCCAUUACUUUCGCAAGAUGCAACAUUAAUGAAAUAUCCUACAUACCUGUUGGAAUUAAACAAUUCAAUAAUUACUCGAAUCGUUUCCACAUUAGAGACACAUAAGUUGACAAGUAAGAUUAAAAUUGAAAAAUUAGACCCAAAAGAGUUUAAGACUUGGGACGUCUCUAUCAAAUUCGAAAAUAUACCACAUGAUGUAGAAAAUCCAUGGAUUGAUAACAUUUUGAACCCAAUUCAAUUAAUGAAAACUCCAGAGGAUGCCUUCGCAUUUACUGAGAGUGUAAUAUCUACUUUAUUUGCAGGUCAUGAGGAUGAUAUAUUGGCAAUGUAUGUGGAAAGAAGAACUGAUCCCAUAGUCCAGUUGGAUGGUGCUGCACCACAACUAUUUAGAAUCGUGACUAAGAAUAAAGUCGAGGAUAUAUCUAAACUUUUCAAUCAACAAGCAUUCCCAUUCGAAUUUUCAUUUGGGAAAGUGCAACCUUCCACUUUUAGAAAGUUUAGAUUCCAUUACGGAUUCGUUGAUGGAUAUGAAGAUAUUAAACCAGAAUCUAACUUACCAUUGGAAUUAAAUUUCGAUUAUUUACCAAAUACCGUAAGUGACAACAAGGGUUGUUAUGUUGGUCAAGAAUUAACUGCAAGGACCUUCUCCACAGGGAUACUUAGAAAAAGAUUAAUCCCAGUUAAAUUAACGAAUUGGGAGAAAUUGGAUAAUUUAAUAAAAAACCAAGUGGUAAAUCCAGAUAAUGAAACAAAUUGUUUACUUGAAGUUCAAAUGAAAUCCACCGGGAAAGAACAGAAUAUAGUAGAUAAAACAAUGGCUCCCAAUCCAUUUACUACAAAGAGUCCAUUUGGAACAAGUAAUGCUCAUAUAGCUAAGAAAUUAAGGAAGAAAAGACCUGUUGGUUCUUUAAUAGCACACGAAGGUGAAAAUGGUAUAGUAAUGAUGAGAACUGAGCAUUUCCCAUCUGCAUUUAAACCUGAUGGGAAAGAUCAUGGCCAAUUCUAUAUUUCAUUAAAAGAAAAUGAAAAUGAAAAUGAUAUUGAAAAUGGGAAAGAUAUCGUUGGUGUCGUACCUAAGAGACCAUACUGGUUCCAUGAUUGGCAAAGGAGUAAUUGA